AUGCAAAGCAAAGAGGUUAUCUCUUACUGUACAGUUAGCACUGCGAUCAAAGCCGUAUAUGAGCUUAUAGAAGUCCCUCGUGUCCUCGGACCGCCAAGGCGUGCUGUUGUGGGCAUUGCUGGAAUAGAAAGGCAAGUAACGCGAGUUUAUUUAGCGAAUAAUACAGUAGUUGGUCUGCGUCGGCAAGAAGAGGCGGCCGGAACUGUCCCUUAUUGCCUGUGA